UUCAACUGGGCAGUCAGUCAGGUUUCAGCAGAAAAGUAGAAAAAAUCUUUUUAAAAAACAUAUUUUCAAUUGAUAUGCAUUUUUUCCUUAAGCAUAGAAGUUCUGAUUUUGCAGAAAAUAAGAGUGGUUAACAGGACAAGAUGGGAAUUUUUGGUACUGAUGUUGUGAAAUACAAAAACCAGGACUACAGCAAGUUGAAGAAAGAAUGCCAAGCAAAGGGAGAUUUAUUUUUUGAUCCGGAGUUUCCAGCUCAGGAUAAAGCCUUGUUUUUUACCAGUGGUAAAUUGACAGGUGUGACUUGGAAAAGACCCAAGGAUAUUUGUGAGAAUCCUAAGCUGUUCGUGGCAGGCACAAGUUCCGGCGAUGUAACGCAAGGACGUCUCGGUAACUGUUGGUUUGUAGCAGCAUCUUCCUGCCUGGCGCUGCACAAGGAACUGUGUAACCAGGUAAUUCCUUCAGAUCAGGAAUGGGAUGAAAACAACCCUGAUGAAUACUGUGGAAUUUUUCGCUUUAAACUCUGGCGUUACGGAAAAUGGACGGAAGUUGUUAUUGACGACCAGUUGCCUACAAUUAAUGGAGAGCUGGUGUUCAUACACUCCCAGGCAAAGAAUGAGUUCUGGAGUGCAUUGCUUGAAAAGGCAUAUGCCAAGUUGUUUGGCUGCUAUGAAUGUUUGGAUGGUGGAGAUUUGGGCGAGGCCCUUGAGGAUUUCACUGGUGGAGUUUCGGAACAGUUGAACAUGGCUGACAUUGGAGUUGUGGAUAAUCCAGAAGAGCAGACCAAGUUCUUUGAGCGACUGAAGAAAGAAGUGGACAGAAAAUCAUUAUUGGCUGCAUCAAUACCUGCAGAAUCUAGUGAAGAAAUGGAAGCAUCUACAGCUAUGGGUCUGGUGAAAGGUCAUGCCUAUGGUAUAACUGCUGUGAAAAACAUCAGUCUGGAGUCUGGAAUGUUCAGCUUCCUUAACAAGAAUAAAAUUCAGAUGAUUCGACUGAGAAAUCCCUGGGGUCAGGGAGAAUGGACAGGCGCUUUCAGUGAUAAUGAUCCAGAAUGGAAUAAAAUCCCUAUAGGUGAGAGAGAAAAGGCAGGAAUUGUGUUUGAAGAAGAUGGAGAAUUCUGGAUGAAUUUCGAUGAUUUCUGCCACCAUUUUGUGAAUGUGUCUUACUGUCGAGUAGUUAAUACAUCAAUGUUCAGCUUGUCUAAGACCUGGCAUGAAGGGAUAGCUCACAGUGCCUGGAAAACACCUGACCUUGCUGGAGGCUGCCUUAAUAACAAGGAAACCUUCCUAAAGAAUCCUCAGUUUGUGUUUUCCAUCACUGAUGAUGAGGAUGAUUGUAUGAUGCAGCUGAUGCAGAAAAGUGAGAGAAGUCAGCAGGGGAGUGGAAAUACCACCAUAGGGUUUACUAUUAUGAAGGUUGAGGAAAACCGUCAUCAUCGGAUUCAUGACCACACAUACCAGGAAGUCAUUAAGAAUACAGUGUUCCGAGACAGUCGCUCCAUCUUCCAGAAGCUGAAGCUUGAUAAAGGACGUUACUUGGUUUUAGCAUGUACUUUCGAUCCAGCCAUUCAGCAAGAGUUUCUCUUCAGAAUAUACACUGGGGCAGCAAAUGAAUUCAAGGAGUUGCAUCAUGACAAACCACAGAGAAGUUUCUGGAACUGCUGUGCUAAACAACCAGUCAUGCUUACACAGGUUAAAGUUCUCAAAGCUGAAGGUUUGGAGAAACAGGAGAGAGAUGGUGCUGAUCCAUACUGUAUCAUCAAAUGUGAAGGACAGAAGGUGACUACAAGUGUGAAAAAUGACACAUGUAAUCCUGAAUGGAAGCAGGGAGCCAUCUUCUUCAGAAAAAAUCCUCUCAAAAAUCCCAUCAAAGUCCAGAUCUGGAAUAGCAACAUUUUGAAGGAUACAUACAUGGGCAAGCAUCUGUUCAUCAGUGCUGAUGAAUGCACGCGGUCUAUCCAGUCUGUCGGGCUUGUUGGGCGCGGCAAGCAAGGAGACCAGAUUAGGUCUGGUAAACUCAUCGUUGAGAUAACACAGACAAAGACUCUUGAUGCCAUAUAGAUAAACAGUUUAUAUCCUAAGAAAUAGAAUCCAAGGUUAUAAAACUUGAGUUUAGGAGACCAGUCUCAAAAUGUAACCUUGCCAUUGGUCAAUUUCAAGUUUAUGUUUAGGAGUAACCAGUCAGGUGUAACCAGUCAGAUGUUCCAUUUUCGAGAUAUGUUUCCAAACUCAUGUAUUGUAACUAUGGCUUCCAAGUGUAGUGAUUGAUUCAAAAACAUAGAUCUGACAAGUACCUUUGAAGAAAAUCUGAAUGUUUUAUCUAAUAUUUAUAGUUGUAGUGAUUUUAUUUAAAUUUUUAUGGAGCGGAUGCAAUAUGCAUAGAUCUGACAUGUAUUGAUAGAUGAAGAGCUAAAUAUUGUGUAUAUUUAAUGGACUUUGGUAUAGUUUCUAAGGAAUACUGGUGUACAAAUAGUCAAAAUUCUAUGUUGAAAUGUAUUUAAAAAAAAACAAUGCAGGAUAAAAUCAUGUAAAAAAUUCAAAUAGUUGUGACUAUUUGGUGUUAUUUAGAAUAAAAUUGAUAUCAGAAUUGUGAUUGGACGUUCAAAUGGGCAAAACUUAGAUCUAAAGUUCAAUGCACUUUAAUGUAAGUUCUGUUCCUUUUAAUUGAUUCAAACUGUAAGAAGUACAAGUACUGUUAUACAAGUAUAUCUUUGGUUUGGGCAUUCAUUAGACAUGGUGCUAGGUAUCUAGUUAAAUCCUUACAAUUUUAACAUAUUAAGGCUAUAAUUCAUAAAAUUCUGACAUGUCUGUUUAGUAUUUAUAAGAACAUCUUACACCAAAAAUACGAAUUACAAAAGUUUUGCAAGGAAAGUAUGCAUUGUAUCAAACAAGUACAGUUAAGCUACAAAUUGCAAUAUUUUAGCUUUUUUGGUCAUAAAAUGGUGAAAUAUGCAAUUUAAGGUAUCCCACCAAACUUAAUAUUAUUGAUAAAUUUAAAACAAAAAAUAUUUUUGAAAAUCAUGUGGAAAGUCUUGUUACAUGAUACACAGAUAAAGUAGUUACCUUCAUUUCAUUGUCUGGAAGCUGACAUUUAGGUACAGUGUAUAUAUUCUACAAAACAAAUGAUAGCUCAAGUAGUUACAUGGUGGUAGUAUGGUGCAUUAUUAGCUUUUCAUAUAACAUGUAAUUAUACACUUGUAUUAAAUAUUCAGUUUGUUAUGGGUUCAAUGGUGUUCAGCCUUCGUUACAAGCAUGUACAAAUAAAGUAUGUUUAUAUGUAUAUUUUCAAGUAAACAUUUAUCAGUUUGGAUUGAAUCCAUUUGGUUUGAAACACGGCUCCUAUCUUUUAUAUACCUUCCUUUAUAGAACUUAAGAUAAUUUGUUUUGUAUGUCUGUGAGAUAUAUACUGACAGCUAUUUGGCUUCUCGUGUGAUUUUGUUAAUACUCAGUACUCUAGAUUUGAUAUUAUUUAUACUGUCUUGAUAAACUUGGAUACAUUUGCUUUUUUAAAAUAUUUCCAUAUUGAUUAUGACAUCAGUUUUGUCAUUUAAAGUAAGUAAUCCUUUUAAAUUUUAUUUGUCAUUUUAUUAUUUUUUUUUUACAUAAAAUUUGUUAUAUUAAAAUUUGAGAUGUUCUGCUUGGCUUUAGCUGUCAUUUAACAUGUUUUUAAAGCUUUUUUUAUCAUAAUAAUAUUUAUAUAAAUUUGUAAGUAAUAUCAGAUCUAAAGUAUAUUUCUUUCUUCAUUUGAUACAUUUUUAUUUGAUUUUGUUUAUUUAAAGGUUUUGAUGUUGACCAUUUUUCAUUUUCAAAAAAGUCACAAAAUUUCAGUGAAGUUCAGAUAUUUUUCUACUGUCAGUUUUCUUAGCUGUAAAAUAGUAUCUGCGUCUCAUUUUUCAUUGAGAAAAUUAUAAUUUAUACUGUUGAAUGCCAAGAUAUUGCCAUAGUUUAUACACGAAAAAGAAACAUAAAUUGCAUAAACAUACUACAUAUUGCAUUAUGCAUAUAGUCUUUCUAAGCUCAUAUUAAAAUGAUAAUAAGGUCAAAUAUUAUAUAUUUUCUCUCAUGUAGCACCUUAAGGCUAAAAUAGAGCAUGUUCCUUUGUUUUCUUAAUGUAAACAACUUAUUGCCUGCAUCAAACUUCAAACUAUCUUUUCAGAAAUUUUACAUCGUUAGUAAACAUUAAUAACGUUAAAGAUUAAAGAACCAGUUUAUAUAUGUAUAUCAAAAUGAAUCCACAGUUGUCUACAGGUAUUCACUGAUUACUCCUCCAGAAUUAGGCUAAUAAUGCGAGAAUCUUAGUCCCCACUCUUGUACACACAUCCUUAAUUUCAAUAGAAUGUGAUGUGGUAUUUCAUAUGCAUUUUUUUUGUAAGAGAUGAUAUGAUCAUUAAUAGAUUUUUGUUCAUAUUUACAUUAAUGACUGUAAUAUCGACAUACAAGUUUUGCUGUAGGCAGAAUACAUUGUUUGUGAUGGUGAGAUAUAAUGUACUACAUUGAGUGUAGUCAUCCCUUUGGCCAGUAUCAUUUAAUGUGGAAAUCCAGAUUUGUGAUGUGACAGUCGUUGAAAUUGACAAGUUCAAACAUUCUUUUAAAUAGAACAGAAAGUUCAGUUUCUUUUGAAAUUGUUGAAAAUCGAGUAAAAUAAAAUAAAAUCACAAAAUUUAAUGUGUACUGAUAGCAAACAGUACACAUGUGCCAUUUGACAAAUGUUAGUAGAUUUCUUAGCAAGCAAGUUAUAUGUGUAGAGAACAAAGAAAUAAAACACUAAAUGUAGAGGAGGGAACAUGUGUGAAAGAAAUUUUUCUUGUAUUUUUGCAAAACAUGGUACAGAUAUUUUUUUUUAGAAAUAUUGUGAUAGAAACAAAUGAUACAUGUAUGUACAGAUUAAAGAGACUUAAAAGCUGUUUCAGUUUAUAAUGUAUAAGUAAGAGAAUUUUACAGGGUAUUGAUAAGAAACCAUGGAAAUAUGAGUUUUAAUGUCAGUGAACGAGUAUUAACCAUUGUUGUGCUGGUGCUGUAUUGAAAAUUUUAUAUCUCUGUGUACUGUGAUUGAAAAAGUGCUCAAUAUGAUUUGGAUUGCAUAUUGUGGCAUUGCUCAUAGAAACAUGUGAUUUACAUUCGAACUAAUUACAGGUGCAGUCACUUCUACUGUUUUUGUCCUGUCUUGAAAUUUGCUUUUUGAUCAUAGUUUGAAAAUUCAGAAAUAAUUGGGAAUGUCUAUUCUGAAUGUAAUGUAGGGUUUUAUUAUUGUAAAUAAGUUUUGCUGAAGGGUUCCUGCUUUAUUCUCAUACUGUUGGGGUUUUCCACAACAGGUUGUUGCUAAGCUUAAGAUGAUUACAUAUUGCUGUAUCUAUAUAAGGUAAUCAGAGGACAGUGUAAAUUGUGAAUUAUAUGCAAUAUUAUACAGUUUUAUAAGCUCUUUGGUAUGGAGUUAAGAAUUGUGUGUUAUAGUUCUAUGACAGAUUCAGUUGCAAUGAUUUUUGAAGGUCAAUGCAUGCAGUUGUACAUCACAACAUCAACAGUUUUAAAAGAAUUGACAACAAUUAAAAAAAGAUCAAAAUUAUUUUUCAGUGUUAGUUUGUGGUUAGAACACAAUUUGAAAAAAAAACAAAAAAACUUUUUUUUUACUUUUUAUUUACAUUCCAAAAACAAAAUAAAAAGUAUUUUUCAGGCAAAAAAUGGCUUUUAUCUGGAGUCCUACCACUUGAAUACUUGUGUGAAUGUUGGCAGACUCGACAAACUUGCAGUUAAUAAUAAAUGAGCUAUUAGUUUCAGAUGUUGUAUCAAGUACCCAGUUCUGAUCAGAGUUUAUCAUUUUGUUGACAUAAAAAAGCCUUACAAUAUGCCUUAACAUCUCAUGAAAGUUGUGAUCAUAUUGGCUGAAACUCCAAAUAGAAUUUUUUACAUUUUCUGCACUCAACAUUUGAUUGGUUGAGUACAACUGGUAGUCUCUAUUGUAAUAUUGUCGUAUCUUGCCUCCUGCUUAUUUCUUGCUGUUCUGUUGGUCAGUUGAUGUCACUAGAAAAAUGAAUAGGUUCCAUAUACACAUACUUUUACAAGCAAGGGUUAUUUCCCCUAUUUCUGUUUUUUUUUUUAUUUGUUUCCCAGAUUUAAUUCUUUUUUUUUUACAGAUUUUUUUUUGGGGAGGAGGGGGGUGGUGGAGGGGGAAGAGUACACAUGCAUGAACAGGAAAGUAAAUUAAUUGUAAUUGAUUAAAAAGAAUUACCACUGUUGUGAUUUUUAUACGCUUGCCUGAAAGACGGGACAUGUUAUGGUUGGGUGGUCAGGCAGGCAGAAUCCACAAAUUUUGUCCAGAGCAUUUCUUCAUGCAUGGAGGGAUUUUAAUGUAACUUGGCACAAAUGUUCAUCACGAGAUGGAGUGUCAUGCGCAGAACCAGGUUGCUAGGUCUAAGGUCAAUGUCACACAGGUCAAAGGUCAAAUUUAAGAAUUACUUUGUCCGGAGCAUUUCUUCUUGCAUGGAGGGAUUUUGAUGUAAAUUGGCACUACUGUUCACCAUCAUGACAUGGAGUGUCAUGUGCAAGAACCAGGUCCAUCGGUCUAAGGUAAAGGUCACACUUAAGGUCAGAUGUCAGAUACAAGAAUGACAAAUUUGUCUGAAGCAUUUCUUCUUCAUGCAUGGAGGGAUUUUGAUGUAACUUGGCCAAAUCGUCACCACCAUGGGACAGAGAGUCCUGUGCAAGAACUAGGUCUAAGGCCAUAUUAGAAUCAAAAUAAUUUAUAGUAAAAGAGUGUUUUAACACUAUUUAUACACUCAGGCGGUAAUACAUCGUACAAAUAAUUUCACUAGGCUGCGCCCUCAUGAAAUUAUUACGCCCGACGUAUAACCGCCCAUCAUGCAUAAAUAGUGUUAAAACACUCUUGCUAUAAAUUGUUUCUUAAAUAUAACCUUUGUAAAGAUAUUGUGGUGCAAUUAUACAUCUUCCAUUUCAUUUCAGUUUUAAAACUGCAUUUCUGUCAGAGUUUGAAAUAGAUACCAGUGUGUGUAUAAAUGCAGAAAAAGCAGUUUUUGAAAGUUUCAAUAUUAUUUCUGUUCUUGGCAUUUGUCCAAUUUUAUUGGUUCAUAAUUUCGUCUUUCAUUGGUUUCAUAUUGUAUGUAUAUUUUUUGUUUUCUUUAUCUGAGUACCGGUAUGUCUGUUUUAUUCCUGUUCAUUUUUUCUUUGUUUAUACAUGCUUUUGCAUGAAAAUGGUUAUUUUUUUCAUUUUUCAAGUAAAGUUUUCUUUAUUUUGUUAUUUAUAUUUGUGUUUACGAAACUUGAAUCAAAAGUAAGGUGAUUUGAUAUAUGUGUCCAGUAUAAUACAGGAUAGGGAGAUUGAGUUGUCAAAUAUUGAGCAUCUGAGGAUAAAAAUGGGGUAGAAAAAUUUCAUAAGACACAUAAAUCCAUAUAUUUGAAAAUUAAAAUUCAGGUUGUACAAGAACAAAUUAGAUGUGUGCAGCUGAAUUGUAUGGAAUUAACAAUAUAUUUAACUUUGACACCUCAGUCACUUGUUGCAUAAAAAAAGAAAUGGCUAUACACAUACCAGUAGCCUUACAAAAAUGAUGGUACAACAACCCUAUUGUGUUUGGAAAUGAAAGUGUUUGGGUUUUUAAAUAAAUCUGUUUGGUUUUGAUGUACAUAGGAUUUUGUGGCAUUAAGAGUAGCAGAUUUAGCUGUUUGUAUAGAGGGAAUGGCAUCGUGUGCUUUAGUUUGAACAACUUGCGUUCGCUCAGUUAAAUAUGUCUUACUCAGAUCUUUUCGAUUUUUAUCUCGAUGACUGGCAGCUUUUUUACAUGGUAACAUUUUUAAUGGGAAUGUUAGUUUUAUUUGAUCAGAUUUUUCGCACUUUUGAAAUGCAGUACUGAAGUAAAUGUUUUCAAGUAAUUUUUGCAGUUUUUGAUUUUGUAUUUUUUGGACAACUUAUCUAAAGCACUGUAUUGCUCAGAUUUAUGAGAUGUAUAAGAUUGAAUGCCUGUAAACAGGAAUAGUUUUAUUUGGUUUUAACAGACAAACAAUAGAAUUUGAAAAUGUGCAAAAUCUAUAGGGGCAUAGGGCUUCCAGGUGUUAAAACCUUACAAGAGCUGCCAAUAUCUAUAUAACACCAAAAAGCUGAAUCUGUAUAAUUUAAUAUUCUAUGUGUAUACUGAUAAAGUACAACUAAAUUUGUUUUAUUUUACACACAAAAAAUUCUGGUAACUUAACUGGUAAAGAAAGUUAUUUACAGAUUGAUUACAAAUGAAUUGGCCAAGAACUCAAAAAAUUUCUCUGGUUUUACUGUUCAUUUAUUAUCGUCUGACAAAUCAAAAUAGAUCUCGUUUAUUAAUUGAGAAAAAAAGCAUAAAUCUUAAGGUGUACCCUUUUAAAAGUAGAUAAAGAAUAAAAGGUGUUUUUUUUGUUGAAUAUGUUAUUAAGCAGCUGAAGGAUUAUUAAGAUCAUUAAGUAUCUGUACACAUAGUUAGUAUUUAGUUUGGCUGUAGGGGAACUGUACUGCACACUGCUAUUUUGUUAUCUGCUUUUAUAUAUUGUAUAAUUUAUUUAGGUCCCAUACCUUUGCAAUUUAUUUGAUAUAAUGCUUUGUUUUAAUGCAUAUAAGCAUAUUUAAAGUGUUCACAUUAUAUAUAUAUUUUAUGAAAUAAAAAUUCUUGCUUGCA